AUGACCCAGCCCCCUGGCCGGCGGCCCCGGUGGCAGCCGGGGAUCCCUUCCCUGCUCCUGGCCACCCUGCUGGCUGUGGCGGCCCUGGUCCUGGCUCCUGUGUCGGGGCUCCACCUGCCGAGCCCCAUUGCUCGGGACCGUGCGGCACUGGCCCGCCCGGCCAGGCCCCCGGCGGUCGGUGCCGAUGAAAUCGCCGCAGCCGCCUGCGACACAAACUGCACCAUGUGCAGCUCCAAUGUGUGCAGUGCCUGCCAGGCCGGGUACUAUCUGCACCAUCACGACCCGGCGACGCCCUGUGUCACCCACUGCCCGGCGGAGUAUCCCGUCAUUCUGAUCAGCCCCACCUCCAGGAUGUGCUGGCACGAGGAGCAGAUCCCGGGCUGUGCCGUGAUGGAGGUCGACGAGGGCGAUGUGUACCGGUGCCAGGAGUGCAAGCCGGGCUGGUGGCCCUCGGGCGCCACGUGCGCCACCUGCCCGGUCACUUGCGGCACCUGCACCGGCAAUGACGCCUGCACCUCCUGCCUCAAUGGCUACUACCUGCAUGGGGGGUCCUGCGUGGCCUCCUGUCCGGAUGGCAAGUUCGCCGAUGACUCCAGUGGCGCCUGCACGCCCUGCCAGGCGACCUGCGCCACAUGCGGCGCCGCCACCUCCUGCACCUCCUGCCAGCCUGGCCGAUUCCUGUACAAGGGUGCCUGCGUGUCCUCCUGCCCGCCGGCGACCUAUCUGCAGGCCGGCACCGGCACCUGUGUCGACUGCUCGACCAACUGCCUGGAUUGCACCGGUGCAACCGCCUGCACAUCCUGCCUUCAGGGCUACCUCCUGCAUGAGGGGUCUUGCGUGGGCUCCUGCCCGGAUGGCACGUUCGAAAAUGACACGAGCACCGCCUGCAUUGCCUGUGAAGCGGGCUGUGCUGCCUGCUCCAGCGCCGCGUUUUGCACCUCCUGCAAUGAUGGAUUCUUCCUGGAUGGCCACUCCUGCGGGGCGGCCUGUCCGGAGGGCACCUUCGGCAAUGUCACCGACAACACGUGUGCCGCGUGCGGCGAGCGCUGUCUCGCCUGCACCGGUGCCACUGCUUGCACGGCCUGCAAGUCGGGGUAUCUCCUGCAUGAGGGCGCCUGCGUGGCAGCCUGCCCUGCCGGCUUCUUCCCUCGGCAGGGCGUCUGUGUCGUCUGCGGCGAUCACUGCCUCGCCUGCACCAGCGCCACCGAAUGCACGGCCUGCAGCCCGGGCUCGCCGCUGCACAACGGCGCCUGCCUUCCCGCCUGCGACUCCGGCUUCUUCGACAAGGACAACGUCUGCACCGCCUGCCUGCCGGGCUGCGAUGUGUGUACCAAUGCCAGCACCUGCGAUCGGUGCUCCGCGGGGCUCUUCCACUACCAGAACCAGUGCCUGGAGGCCUGCCCAUCUGGGACCUUCGUCGAGGAGGACUCGGCCCCCGAUGCCUGCCAGGACUGCCACCCCCUGUGCCAGGAGUGCGCCGGGCCGGGCGCCGACGCGUGCACCGCCUGCGAGGCCCCCCUGACCAUUCGCCAGCCGGUCCCCCCGGUCAGCCCGCCGCUCGCCGCCGAUCGCCGGUGCGAGCCGUGCGACGCCUCAUGCUAUACCUGCAGCGGCGCCGCUUCGGACGAGUGUCUGUCCUGUGCCGGCGCCAAGGACAUCCUGCACCAGGGCUCCUGCCUGGCCGAGUGCCCGGGCGCCGGGUUCUGGCUGGAUGAGUCGGACCCCGCGGCCCGCGGCUGCCGCCCGUGCCUGGCCGGCUGCGAUGUCUGUGACUCUGACGACUCGUGCUCGGCGUGCAAGGCCGGGAUGGUUCUGCUGCGGUCGGAGGCCGGGGCCCUGUCCUGCGUGUCCGCCUGCCCGGCCGGGCUGUUCGCCCAGCUGGGCGAGUGCGCCGAGUGCGCGGAGGACUGCCACACGUGCACCGGGCCGGAGCCGGCCGACUGCCAGGUGACCUGGUGCCAGGCCGACGGCACCUGCACCAACAACCGGGCCCUGGCCAUCGGGCUCGGGGUGGGUCUCGGCCUGCUGGUCCUGCUGUUGGCUGUGGCCGCAGUGGUGUUCGUCAUUGUCCGCCGGCGGCGCACAUCCAAGUCCGGCCCUGGCGAUAUCGACAUGAGCACCUUCGGCAACAUCAUCGACCAUUCAGAUUGA